AGUCUCAAGUAGCAGUUACAAGUGAGAAGCCAAGAAUUAAACUAUCGUCCAGCAGUCGUGUUAAUUUGGAGCUCACAAUACAUAGGCAGCCCACCACCGGAGCUCGACACCUAUAUGAUCGAUUCACAUCUGAUAAGAGAGGGCAGAGGCAAGGAGGAGGAGGAAGAAGAAGAAGAAGAAGCAGAGGGUUUUGCUACGACUACGAUGGAAGAGGAGAAGGCCUUUCCCAGUGACUCGUCAGGUUUCGAGUUCUUCAUCAUCAUGCUCUCAAAUUCCUUGAAGAAACUGAGGAUGCCAGACAAGUUCGCCAAGGUGCUCGCCGGCCGCGAGCCCCGGGAAGUGAAGCUGCGGGAGGCCGGCAGCGGGCGCCGCAGCCUGUGGGACGUGAAGGUGGUGCUGGACGCCGACGGCCACACAUACCUAGGGCGCGGCUGGGAGCGGUUCGCCCGCGCGCACGACCUGCGGCUCGGCUACUUCCUCGUCUUCAGCUACGACGGCGACGCCGUGCUCACCGUGAAGGUGUUCGACGUGAGCAUGUGCCGCAGGCACUACAAGCACCACGACGACGAUGAUGCCAGUGCGCGCCUCUUCUUGCUUUCUUUCUCUUCGUUUCAGUACGGUGGUUGUAACAGGGAUGGUUUUCGCAUUUGGCCAGGCAGUGGGAGCAGCAGCGACAGUGGCGGCAGCAGCUCGGCGGAGGUGGAGGUCGACGACGCUCCGACGUCGCAGUUCACGGUCAGGCUGAGCGGCUGCCACUUCCUCGAGAAGCAGCAGCAGUAUCUGAACGUGCCGCUGGAGUUCCAUGAGGCGCACGGGUACGCGGAGAGGAGCAAGGUGGUGCUGCGGAUGAGCGGCAAGUCGUGGGGCGUGACCCUGAAGCACACCAACCGGGCGGGCGGCAAGACCCGGUCGUCCUUCAGGUACGGGUGGCACCAGUUCCUGGUGGACAACCGCCUCACCGUCGGCGACACCUGCUUCUUCCGCGCGCUCCGCGCUGGCGGCGAGGACCACGAGCUCAAGGUGCAGGUCCGCAAGCUGGACGGCACCUUCGUGGAAUGAUCAGCCGGCCGUGUUGGCGUGCUCAUCACCGGCAUGCAUGGCACAAUGAUCAGGACAAUGGAGUUCUUUUACUUUUUCUAGUAGUUGUUUGAAGCUUUCGGAUCGUCUUGGUAUGUUCUGAAACCUGGAUCAGUGCCUUCUGAUGCUAGUAGCAGCAGAGUAACUAGUUAGAGAAUAAACCGCCUGACUCUGUGCCUCCUCGAUCGUGUGUGCAAAGAGGAUGAGAUUGUUCUCAUCUUUGUGCUACAAGGAUAAGAUUUUCAGUUUCACGUUUA